GCGUCGAUCGUUUCCCCCGGUUCCGGAUUGAACCCUCCGCGAAGCAACGCCUUCGGCCCCAUCUCCGUCGACAUGUGGCAUCUCCUCGACGGCGUCCCCUUCGGCUCCUCCUCUCUCCUCCCCUUCCCCCGCCCCCCGUCCGCUCUCCUGAGCGAAGCCUCGGCGCUCAUCUCCACCCUCGUCGACUGGAAGGAGACACCGGAGGCGCACGUCUUCAUAGCCGACCUCCCGGGGCUGAAGAAGGAGGAGGUGAAGGUGGACGUGGAGGGCGGCCGUAUCCUACAUAUCAGCGGUAAGAAGAGGGACGACGAGGAGGAUAAGACCGGUACCUGGCACCGCGUGGAGCGAACCGGUGGCUGCUUCCUGCGGCGGUUCCUGCUGCCGGAGAACGCCAAGGCGGAGCAGGCGAGGGCAACCAUGGCGGACGGCGUGCUCACCGUCACCGUGCCCAAGGAGGAUGUCAACAAGCCCCACGUCAAGUCCAUCGACAUCUCUGGUUAGAGCGUUCCUGGUGACUAUGCACAAACUUGGAGUAGAUGAUGCUUUGGUGGUGUUAAUCAUCAGAUCUGAGUCUAGCUUCUUUCAGUUUACUAGUUUCUAAUAAUCGUAAAUAAGCUUAGUACGAACGCUUGAUUAGGUUCACAAUGUUGAUGUCGGGUUUGCGUAGCGAUGCUUUUAUCAGAACCCUGCUCAUGCUUGAUGUUUUGCAUGGUGUUUGCUGUCGUUUUCUACAUCUGUAACUACGGAAAGUUAAUGAAGAGAGAGAUGCCGUUGUUUCA